GGGAGCGGUGGGGACGAGGCGGCGGCGGCGGCGGCAGGAGGAGGUGCAGGGGUUGGCACGAGAGCAGCGGCCCGGGGAGGCCCGCAGCAACACCCGCAGCCGCUGCCGCCGCCUUUAGACGCGGACGGCACUAGAGGGGACCGCCGGCCGUCUAAGCCGCGCUCGGGUCCCGCCGCAGUGGGCGGCGGGGGAUGGGCAGGCGGCGGCGGGCCAGCCUGCUGAGCGGUGACUCCUGCCUGUGCGGACCUUGAGCUGGUCCCCAGUCCUCCGCCGGAGAUCCUGCGUCCGCCGCGGCCCAGAGUUGUAAAACCGGUAAGAUCAAGUGCCUAUUGAAAGAGACUCACUCUUGGCUGAGAAGAGAAUUAGGAACUAGAUUAAAUGGAAACCACCCUUGGGAACUAGAUGCCUGUGUAGCUGUUUUACCACAUCGGUGUUUUGCAAUGAGUGGGGGAGGAGAGCAGCCAGAUAUCCUCAGUGUUGGAAUCUUGGUCAAAGAAAGAUGGAAAGUGUUAAGAAAGAUUGGGGGUGGGGGCUUUGGAGAAAUUUACGAUGCCUUGGACAUGCUCACCAGGGAAAAUGUGGCACUGAAGGUGGAGUCUGCUCAGCAGCCAAAGCAAGUUCUGAAGAUGGAGGUGGCUGUGUUGAAGAAACUGCAAGGGAAAGACCAUGUUUGUAGAUUUAUUGGCUGUGGGAGAAAUGAUCGUUUCAACUAUGUGGUCAUGCAAUUGCAGGGUCGGAAUCUGGCAGAUCUUCGACGUAGCCAGUCCCGGGGCACAUUCACCAUUAGCACUACUCUUCGGCUCGGGAGACAGAUUCUGGAGUCUAUUGAGAGCAUCCACUCUGUGGGAUUCCUUCACAGAGACAUCAAACCGUCAAACUUCGCAAUGGGACGCUUUCCCAGUACAUGUAGGAAAUGUUUCAUGCUUGAUUUUGGCUUGGCCCGACAAUUUACCAAUUCCUGUGGGGACGUCAGACCACCUCGUGCUGUGGCAGGCUUUCGAGGGACAGUUCGAUAUGCAUCAAUCAAUGCUCAUCGUAAUAGGGAAAUGGGAAGACACGAUGACCUUUGGUCCUUAUUCUACAUGUUGGUAGAGUUUGUGGUUGGUCAGCUGCCUUGGAGGAAAAUCAAGGACAAGGAGCAAGUAGGUUCCAUUAAAGAGAGGUAUGACCACAGGCUCAUGUUGAAACACCUCCCUUCCGAAUUCAGCACCUUUCUUGACCAUAUUUCCUCUUUGGAUUAUUUUACAAAACCAGACUACCAGCUUCUUACAUCCGUAUUUGACAACAGCAUCAAGACCUUUGGAGUAAUUGAGAGUGAGCCUUUUGACUGGGAGAAGAGUGGCACUGAUGGCUCCCUCACCACCACCACCACCUCUGCCACCCCUCAGCUACACACACGCCUGACCCCUGCUGCAAUUGGAAUUGCAAAUGCCACUCCCAUCCCAGGAGACUUGCUCCGAGAAAAUACAGAUGAAGUGUUUCCAGAUGAACAGCUUAGUGAUGGGGAGAAUGGAAUCCCUGUUGGUGUAUCACCAGAUAAAUUGCCUGGAUCUCUAGGGCAUGCUCGCCCUCAGGAAAAGGAUGUCUGGGAAGAGAUGGAUAUCAACAAGAAUAAGAUAAAGCUUGGAAUUUGUAAGGCUGCUACUGAAGAAGAAAAUAGCCAUGGUCACAUCAACGGUAUUCCCAAUGCUCCAAGCCUUGGCUCACCAAUUCGUGUCCGAUCAGAGAUUACUCAGCCAGAUAGGGAUGUCCCGUUAGUAAGGAAGUUACGUUCCAUUCACAGCUUUGAGCUAGAAAAACGACUGACACUGGAGCCAAAGCCAGAUACUGACAAGUUUCUUGAGACCUGCAUGGAGAAAAUGCAGAAAGAUUCCAGUGCAGGAAAGGAGUCUGUUCUCCCUGCUCUGCCUCAUAAACCCUGUGUUCCUGUUGGGUCCCGCACUGAGCACAUCUGGCACUAUGAUGAAGAAUACCUCCCUGAGGCUUCCAAGCCUGCCUCUGCCAACACUCCAGAGCAGGCAGAUGGUGGUGGCAGCAAUGGAUUUGUAGCUGUUAACUUAAGCUCUUGCAAGCAGGAGGUUGAUUCCAAAGAAUGGGUGAUUGUGGACAAGGAGCAAGACCUUCGGGAUUUUAGGACAAAUGAGGUGUUAGGCCAUAAAACAACUGGAAGCCCUUCAGAUGAGGAGCCUGAAGUACUUCAGGUCCUUGAAGGAUCACCUCAAGAUGAAAAGAUCCAAGUAGGUCCUUGGACUGACAACCAUCACUUAAAGGAAAGCUCAGGUGUGGUCUUAGCACUUUCUGCAGAAUGUCCUGCCACGGCUGCUUCAGAACAGUACACAGAUAGGCUAGACCUCCAGGCUGGAGCUGCUAGUCAGUUCCUCACAGUGACUCCCACAAGUCCAAUGGAGGCACAAGCAGAAGGACCUCUGACAGCGAUUACAAUUCCUAGACCUUCUGUUGCAUCAACACAGUCAACUUCAGGAAGCUUUCACUAUGGUCCACAACCAGAGAAGAAAGAUCUUCAACCCUUGGAACCCACUGUGGAGCUUUAUUCUCCAAGGGAAAACUUCUCGGGCUUGGUUGUAACAGAGGGCGAACUUCCUAGUGGAGGAAGCAGAAUGGAUUUGGGACUUCAGAUAGAUCACAUUGGUCAUGACAUGUUACCCAAUAUGAGAGAUGGUGACACAUCUCAAGACUUGGGACCAAAAGACCUUUGUGACCAUAAUAGAUUAGUUGUGAAAGAAUUUGAAAAUCUCCCUGGAGAAACAGAGGAAAAAAGCAUUCUUCUGGGUUCAGAUAAUGAAGAUGAGAAGUUAAGUAAAGGGCAACAUUGUGUUGAAAUCUCUCACCCAGAUUUAGUAACUACAGAAAGGGAUCAGUCAGCUACCACAGAACCUCUUGAUGUAUCAAAGACACAGAAUUUUAGUGUGGUGCCAAAUCAGGACAAAAAACAUGAGAUAAUGAAGCUUUUGACAGUAGGAACAUCAGAAAUUUCUCAAGUCAUUGACCCACAUGCUGAAGGGCAGAUAGGCCAGGUGGCAGUAAUGCAAAAAAAUAAGCUGUUUAAGGAUGCUGACAUUAAGAGUGAAGACUUGCCAGGACAUCAGGGAGACCUCUCUACUUUUUUGCACCAAGAGGGAAAGAGAGAGAAGGUUGUCCCUAGAAAUGGAGAGCUAUAUCAUUGUGUCCCAGAGAAUGAGCAUGGUACUCCCACCCGGAAGGACAUGCUUCGGUCAUCCUUUGUAACCAGGCACAGCCGGAUCCCUGUUUUAGCACAAGAAAUAGACUCAACUUUUGAGUCAUCCUCUGCAGUCUCUGCAAAAGAAAAGCUUCUACAGAAGAAAGCCUACCAGCCAGAACUAGUCAAACUUCUGGUAGAAAAAAGGCAGUUCAAGUCUUUCCUGGGGGACCUAUCAAGUGCCUCCGAUAAGCUAAUAGAGGAGAAAUUAGCUGCUGCUCCUGUUCCCUUUUCUGAGGAGGAAGUCUUUACUCCCUUUUCCAGACUGGCAGUAGAUUCCCAUCUGAGUAGAUCAGCUGAAGAUGGCUUUCUGUCACCCAUCAUCUCCCAGUCUAGAAAGAGCAAGAUUCCAAGGCCAGUUUCCUGGGUCAGCACGGAUCAAGUUAAUAGCUCAGCUUCCCCUCAGUUCUUGCCUCGGCCACCACCAGGAAAGCCACCGAUCAGGCCUGGAGUAGAAGCCAGGCUACGCAGAUAUAAAGUUCUAGGGAGUAGUAACUCUGACUCAGACCUUUUCUCUCGCCUGGCCCAAAUUCUUCAAAAUGGAUCUCAGAAACCCCGGAGUACUCCUCAAUCCAAGAGCCCAGGAUCUCCUCACAAUCCAAAAACACCACCCAAGAGUCCAGUUGUACCUCGCAGGAGUCCCAGUGCCUCUCCUCGAAGCUCAUCCUUGCCUCGAACAUCUAGUUCCUCACCAUCUAGGGCUGGACGGCCCCACCAUGACCAGAGGAGUUCGUCCCCACAUCUGGGGAGAAGCAAGUCACCCCCAAGCCACUCAGGAUCAUCGUCCUCCAGGAGGUCCUGCCAACAAGAGCAUUGCAAACCCAGCAAGAAUGGCCCAAAAGGAUCUGGCAGCCUCCACCACCACUCAGCCAGCUCUAAAACUCCCCCAGGGAAGAGUAAGCCAGCCAGUAAACUCAGCAGAUAGGAAGCAAGCAGGCUGUAUUCUGGGAAAGGUGUGAGAUCUUACUCCUAGACCUGAUGCAUGUGUGUCCCUGUAGUGUCUGUUUCAAACAAUCAGUGUUGAUCUUCUCUUGCAAAAGAAAGUAACAUGAUCAGUUAUUUAUAAGAAGACUUAACUAUCUAUAUACUAAGGAAUUACCUAGGGCAGGUAGGAAGUGGACCAGGAGUCAAAUGCUCAGUCCAGCAAAAUCCAAGGGAAGAAACUCAUAAAUGAGCUCUUGUUCUAUAGCUGCCUUUGAAAUAGGAAGUUGAGGAUAGGAAAUAGAAUGGAAUUUUAAGUGAUUUUGCCUAAGUUGUUAAUCCUCUACUCAAAGAGUAUAGCAAAGUGUUUGAUAUUUUUAUUUACAACUUCCUAACCUUGGAGAGUCAUUGUGCAGACAUUCAAAUAUAUAAGAAGCCUGUUGCCAGGAAACUAGUACUUGGGUAUAUUUGAUUUGUGUGCUUAUUUAGUGAAUCCACUCAUUCCUAGUCUCUUUCUUGGGUUUUACAUUUUUUAAAUUGUUUCUUACAUCUUAUUUUAACAAUGCACCCAAAUAAGGUUUUCAGCAGCACAUGCUAACACUUUAAAAUCCAGUUGCCCUCAUUUAGUCAAACCUUGCUAUUUUCCUUUGAGCCACAAUGCUUAGCUCAUAUAUCUUUAUCUCAAAAAGGAAAGUGAUGUCCAGCUAGAGCUGUUUCAGGCAGGUGUAUUUGGAGAGGAAGGGAGAGAGAGUGGGACAAUGUCUUUAAAGGUGGAAGCAUCCCUUCAUUUGACCUGAGUGCAUCUCCUCCUUGUAGAAGAAGACUGACCAGAGGAGACAGCUUCCUUUAUGUCCUCCCUGCACUCUCUGGUGUUAGCCUUCAAGAUGGCACUAGGAAAGCACAACACUUGAGAAUGUGGCUUAUGUUUUAGAGACUUAGAAAGAAAUUAAGUAUGUUAUUGAAACUUAUAAUCUUCAGAUUUUUGUAUUUUAUACAUUUAGCCAAUAAGGAAUGAAUAUCUGGGGAAAUAAAUUUAGGCUAAAUAGUUUUUUUUCAAUGUUUUUAUUACUUGGUUCUUGUGUUUAAUGCUUGGGCUUCUUAACCCAAUCUCCACAUAAUCCCAAUUUACAAAGUUGUAAGGAUGAUCAUAUUUGUUCUAUCCUCAUUCUCUUUCUAGCAAAAAUGAGGCAAAUUAAAGAAUACCAGACUUUUAAAAUGGGCUAUUUGAUGCCCUUGAGUGUUUAGUAUGACAAAAACCUUAUUGAGGUCAGGGAAAUUGAUCUUCCUGCUGUUGAAAUCUGCCUUCUAACAAACAUCUUUCUCUUUGACCUUAUGUUGCUACCAAACCUAAAACAGCUGAAUUUGAGGUAAGGGUGAGUGGAGAAGGAAAUGUAUUUCUUCACCAAGUGAGCAUGUUCCAAUGCUGCAUUCCAGCUGCCCUGAUGCUGCACUUAACUUGCUUUCUGUGUUGAGCAUUUUCAAAACUGGGACACUACACUGAGACAUAAGGUCUCCAUGAGAAAUGUGGCAUAGUGUGGAAUCUAAUUUCUUUCCAGGUUCCAGCAUUUCAGAGCAGUGCAGCAGAUAAGGCACAUUUAGUGUUUCUCUGUUACAACUGUAACAUGGCCCUUGUGUAUUAUAUUGUAGAACAGUUGCUGCAAUACUACUUGCAUGUCUUUCAUGAUAAAUUAUAUAAAUAUUUAUAAACAUAGAGACAUAUGCUUAUAUAAAUCCAUUCUUUCUCAUUCUGCAUUUGUAAUUUCAAGAUCCUUAGAUGAUGAAAUUCCUUUUCUAUUGUGUGCCUCGUGUACACUUGGGCAUUGCCCAUCUUCAUUUUCUGAAAAUAUGUUCUAGGCAUGUGACACCUAAGAUUCCUCUUGCCUUCCAGGUACAUAGUGCAACAGUUGGCAGUCUUUAACAAGCCAAGGUAUAAGAUACUUAAUUUUCAUUUAAAAAGUAUUUUAAUAGGUGAAAUUUUUAACAGGAUAUGCUUGUAAUACAGGCUCAAAGAUUACUCAUGUUAGCCACAUAGUCCUGUCAUUAUGGUUAGAGUGGGUCGAUGGGCAUUAUAAUUAUGGAUCUGGCAUCAGCUGAUUUUUAAAACAUUUCCUGAAAGUUGCCUCUUUCAUGUCACUCUUUUGAAUAGGAGUGGAGAUGGGAUGUAGGAUAAUUAAGAAAUUAUCUUUCUUUUACAUUAGCUAAAUGAUGCUAAAAAGUAGCCAGCUUUAAUACUGACCUCUCUAGUCAGUUGUGUGCUAAUAGUAACCACUGGGAAAGCUAAUACAGCCCAGCCUUUUUCUUUCUGAAUUUCUCUACUGAUAGUCAAAACCCAAGGUGAUGGCAGCAUGACACAGGAUGUUUUCUGUUUUGGUUUCUUUGUUUUCUUCAACCUUUUAAUGUGUUGCCUCCUUUUCUACAUGUCAUUAACAAACUCAUCAAAAUCCAGAGACAAAUGGCCUCAUUACCUGAGAAUGUUUUAUUUUGCAUGUAGGGAAAAGAGCCAACCAAAGAUGUUUUUGCUCUGAAGAAAAGGAAAUGGACUAAUUAUAAUAUUUUAUGUAUCAGUAGGUCCAUUUAUUAAGUGUUAUCCUGAUACAGAGAUUAAAAAGCUGAGCCAAGGUGUUAGUGGUGCACACCUUUAAUCCCAGCACUCGGGAGGCAGAGGCAGUUUGAUCUCAGAGUUCAAGGGCAGCCUAAUCUACAGAGUGAGUCUCAGGAUAGCCCGGGCUACACAUAGAAACCCUAUCUCCAACCCCCACCCUCACCCCAAAAAAAAGAGAGAUUAAAAAGCAUAGUCUCUCAGGUUGUUGGCAAUCUUAAGCAACACUUUUGGAUCAGGAGUAUGAUCCAGAGACUCAAGGUUCCUUAUUUUGAGGUUUUUAUUGAUAGCAUACAGAUUAUCCAAAUAAAUAUAAACAGUUUGGCUAUUUUACUUAAAGUGAGGAACAUGACCGAAGGUAUAACAAAAGUAGUGUGAGACCAAAGUUAAGUUACCUUUUGGAAAGCAAGUACCUCCUGACCUCCAUCUGCAGAGGUUACUGACUCAUGCCCACCCUUGCCUUGUUUCGUCUCUGGGAUUAUUUCAGUGAAGCCAAAAGUAAAUAUGCCAAUAGUUUAGUUCAUAAUUUUAGGUAAUGUUGCCCCAAAAUUAUACUAUUGACCUUCAGGUAUUGUGAAUUGCUUUAAAAUAUUAAAAUCAUACCUAGGAAUCUUGCACAGCCUAAGCGUAUUUGACUUCAAUGGAUAGUGAACACAGGAGGAAAUUGGAUCAUAUCCAAUUCAACAUUAAGGUAUAGAUUCCCCUUCCAAUGAAGCUGUCAGUAGCCAGGAAUUUAUUUCCAACCCUGGUACACAAGCUGGCCUUGCAGACAGGAGCACAGUUACUUUUAGUUUUUUAGUUGCAUGCUUUGCAAUGAAUGUUUUUUUGGUAAAAGUUGCCUAACAAGUUAAUCAAGGCCUAAAAACAAAGUAGAAAAUGGUCAAAGGUCCAUUGUCAUCAUUAUCCACCUGGCAUUAUUUGCUCUAGCGUACUAAGCCACUGUAUGCUAAUUUGGUGUUCUACAUACACAGUAUGUCUGUCUGUUCCACUACUGGCCACUGUGGAAACUUGAGAGACUUCAGCAGGCAGAGGAGAUUUCCUCUCAGCCACAGAUUCCUAGGCUACUGUUUCUAUGAUUGCAUCCAUUGUACAAAGAAAAAGGCAUACAUUUGCAGCAUGUUUUAUAAACCUAGACCAGAUAGCUAGCUAAAUCAUAAUGAGAUUUUCUACACCCAGUAACCUUGAUGACAAACAGGUGCCUUUAUUCAAGGGCAGAAAAUUUUACAUUUCCAAUCUAACAUUAGGAACUGUUGACAGGAUUCACAAUUUAAUGGCUUAAGGAAAAAAUGCAUCUUGAAAAUGAUAUCUUAAAAUUUAUUUGUAGAUAAUCUAGAUUUAGCCUUGGAGAUCAAAGUUUUUCAUAUUUUAAAAACUUGUUAGUUAGGCAUGGUGGUUCAUGUUUCUAACCCAAUACUUGAGGGAUGUGGGAAGAUGGAAGAGACUCUGAAGCCAGCCUCAGCUUCAUUGUGAUUUCAAGUCCACCUAGGCUAGUAUGAGACCCUAUCUCAAAAACAAAACAAAAACUACAUUCUUUUUUAUUUUUUGUUUUCAUACAUGUAUGUAUGUAUUCACGUUAUACUCCUUCUCAUCCUUUUGUAUUUGUCAAACAUGGCAUGUUUUAAAGAAUGAUGUCUGUCUUGUUCAUGUAAGGAUUGUUUGCAUUCACUUUUCUUAAACGUGCCUAUUUCUGGUUUUGUGUUAGGAUAUUGUUUCUGGGGAUAGUUCAUCUAGCACCUCUUUUACUGGGGUGAUAGGACAGUUGCAACCAGUUGUACUGUUUAACUUUCUUGAAUUUGGUUUCAUAGACAAUACAUUUGCAGAACAGCUAUGUAGGAUUCAAUCCAAGUGCAUUAUAGGAUUACAGCAUGUAACUACUAUUGUAGUCCUCAUAUGCCAACAUAUACCCAAGUUCAGAAGCUACUGUGGUGCAUCUUAGACCUUAGCUUAUUAUGGAAGGAAACAGGUAGUGUCACAACUUGGACAGUAUGCACCCCACUUUCUGUCCUUACCAAAACUUUACAAAACUCUGGUGUACACUAUGAGGAUUUGUAAGUAAAGCAGAAACUCAUAUUAUUGGGUAUUUGCCAUACUUUCUCCAGAAAUUUAACAGUCUCUGAGCCUUCAGAAUUUUGGUACCCAACAUUACUUGCCAGAACUGCAGGAAGAGGAGAAUCCCAUAGUUCAUAGGUAACUCCCAAGUUUGGGACAAGAACCCCUAUUAUUCACUUAGAGGGGAAUCUGGGUAAAAUAUGUAGGCUUUCAGUUAAGUUCUUGUGAGAGAAUUUGCAUCCAUAAAUUAGUGAUAAGAUCAUCUCAUAGCUUCACACAAUCUCAAGAUGCUAAAUGACAAAAGAUUUUCUCAGUAAUGACUUCAGUAUUUGCUCUCGCACACAAGGACUAAUAAUCAGGCUGGCCAAGGCAUGUUCAAGGAUUAUUUUCCUGUACUUCACCCAAACCUUGGUUUUAAGAAACCCUGUAGCAAAAGUAGAGUGGCAUUCCUUCCAUUGCCCUUACAAUGUAACAAGCCUCUGCCUUCUCUACAUGGGGUGACAGUAUCUACAUUGUAGACCGAUGAUGCCAACCACUUCCGGUACUUUCAACCACACUUUCUAGACAACAACAGAAUGAAUGAGGCAGAUCUUUGAGACUAUAGGAGGAGAUUAUAGGAUUACAGAGUUUGCUGAUAACAUAAUUUUACACCAACAGUGGAUCAGUUGAUUUCUAUAUAAUUUAAAAUUGUUUUGUGUUGUACACACGAUUGAUUGUUCAGCUACAGACAUUAGUAAACCAAGUUUUUAUGUAGACUAUCUUUACCAUAUGAUGCUUUUUAAAACUCUUAUAAAACAUGAUUUAAAUCCUCAAAAAUUCACUUGUAUCUUGAGCAAAUUUAGGCUAGGCCAGGUGUUUUUGUUACAGCAGUAAACAAGGCAACUGUGUUUGGCUGUGAUUUACUUUAGGGAGUUUGAUGAGAAGAGAGCUUUGAGACUUUAUCAAAACAGUUUUUUUGUUGGUUUGUUUGUGUGAUUUUUCAAGACAAGGCUUCUCUGUGCAGCCAUCCCUGGCCGCCUUGAAACUAGCUUUCAGACCAGGCUGGCCUUGAACUCAGAGAUCCACCUGCCUCUGCCUCUCACAAUGCUGGGAUUAAGGGUGUGCACCACCACCACCACCACCACCACGCCUGGCUAAAACAGUUUCAUUGAAUUAGUGUAAUUAGUUCUCUAAGUUAGAAAUUUCAGAAAUUAAAAUAUAGGAAGAUCUUUAUUGUUAUAUCUUUUAAAACAAAGGAAAUGUACCUCUGGGCCACUCAGGACUUUGAAAUUGGAUUGCCUAGACUUGGUGGUCUGUGCCUAUAAUCCCAGCAUUUAGAAGGUAAAGGGAGGAAUAGGAGGGAAGGUCUUAAUGUGCUACAUAAUGAGUUUGAAGCCAACUUGGGCUCCAUGAGACCCUGUCUCAAAAAAAAAAAAAAAAAAAAGCAAAAAUCUUAGAUGAGAGACUGGAUUGGAGGCAUUGAGUACAAAGAACAGAUCUGGUGACCCAGACUUGAGCCGCCUUGCUGUUCCCUGAUUUACAUUCUCAUUUCCCUUUGGCACCUUUCUUGAAAUAGCACUGUUUCAUCAGACCAUUUAUUUACAAAUUCUAAGCAAAGGAGGCAUGUUUGACUUUGUGUUAGAUAUAAAUGUAAGUUUGUAAGCUAUUACCAGCAAAUGUCGUCAGAUUUAGUCACAACCCUAAUUCUCUUGUUGAACAAGACAAAUGAGUUAGAUUACUUUAAUCCAUUUUACUGUUCUCCUCUUAAUGAGAAAUUGCUCUUUGAAGUUCUUUUAAAUGUACUGCACUGUGUCCCUUUCCCCCUCCCUGAAUCUUCCUUUUAUGCGUUUUUUGCUCAGGCAACCAAGGACAUAAAGUAUUGAAAGAAAAACAUGCAGUGCUUUUGUAUAGGCCAUCUGUACAUAAAAGUGUAAUUAUUUAUUUAAUUUUCCCAUUUGUACCAUAUUAAAGCUUUGUACAGUGUUUUAAGUUCUGUUUUAAAAUUAUUUUGUAUUUUAUUUUUAUAAUCUAGUAAUAAAACAUUCAGUACGCAUGCAAA